UCAUAUCAUAUUUUCUUUGUGGCGGAGGUGAACAUUUAAGCUAGAGGCUAGUUAGCUUCCCUUCAAAACCUUCCUUGUCUUCUCUCCUAUAUUCAACAUACAAAAGGAAUAUAUAUUCUGAUACCAUGGUUCACAGAGACAAUACUGCGAUUUUUGUAGUUGGUAUUCUAGGUAACAUUGCCUCCUUCUUCUGCUUUAUAGCCCCCGUGUCAAUAUUUUAUCAAGUUUGUAAGAAGAAAACAACAGGAGGUUUCCAAUCUGCUCCAUAUGUGGCUGCACUCUUCAGUGCAAUGCUUUGGAUAUUUUAUGCUUACAUAAAAACGGGUGAAAUGCUUAUCAUCACCAUCAAUGCAUUUGGUUGUGUGAUAGAAACAAUUUACCUAGUCAUCUAUACCACUUACUGCUCCAAGAAAGCUAGGAUCUUCACAUUGAAGCUGAUUGGGUUGUUUAAUUUGGGAGGAAUUUGCUUGGUGAUUAUUCUAACACAUGUUCUAGCAAAAGAACGAACAGAACGUAUCGAACUUCUUGGAUGGAUUUGUGUUGUCCUCUCAACUAGUGUUUUUGCAGCACCUUUAAGCGUUAUGAGAGUGGUUAUUCGCACCAAAAGUGUUGAGUUUAUGCCUUUCACUCUUUCACUCCUCCUCACAACAAGUGCAAUUAUAUGGCUGUGCUAUGGUAUUCUCCUCAAAGAUAUAUUUGUUACGCUUCCGAACUUUGUGGGUAUCACAUUUGGAACAAUUCAGAUGGUGUUGUAUGCAAUAUACAGAAAAAACAAACCUGUAAAUGAUCAAAAGCUACCAGAACACAAAGAUGAUAUGAAUGAGAAUCAGCUGCAAGUAGUAGUGAUCCCUCUUCAAAAUGUUGUUGAUAUCGAAACUACAAUGGAGAAUAAAGAAGAGAAGAAACAGGAAGAAACAAAACCAAGUGAAGGAAAUCAAGUACAACAACAAAAGGAAGGUUGAGAAGUUUGAUGAAUUGAAGGGAUACUUGUGCACGUGUGAUGUCUUUCUUUCUAAAAUGUCUCACUCUGAUCCCAUGUGUGUUGUUUAUUUAGUUCAUUAAAAAUCGUAAAAUAUGGGAUAGAGAUGCCAAUUUGAUACACAAAUAUAUCUAUGUAUUAUAGCAUAGUUAGUUUUAUGUUUUUUCAUAUGUAAUCUCUGUUUUGUUAUGUCAUUUAAGCAUCGAAAUACAAAAAGUUUAUACAAUGUAGCU